UGGCACGGACUGCAAAAACAAAAGCCUUUGCAUAAAGGACGAUGAUUUUAUAGAGCUUUCUUGUUACCUCACAGCGCUGGCGGCAAUGGCGCUAGCAAUGGCCAAGGAACUCUUCUCCAUCGCCAGCAAUCGCUGGAUCAUCGCAGUGUCGGGCUUCUACCUGAUAGCAAUCACCGGAGGCACGCUCACCAGCUUCAGCUUGUUCUCGCAAGAGCUCAAAGUCUCCCUGCAUUACAAGCAAGAGUCCGUCAAUACCAUCAGUUUUUUCAAGGAUCUCGGCACCAGCAUGGCUUUCCUGGCCGGCUUGCUCAAUGCGAGAGUCGGACCCCGUCUCACCAUGCUCGUCUCCGCAUUGCUCAACUUGUUCGGCUACACCAUGGCCUGGCUCGCCAUCACCCACCAGAUUGCUCGUCCACCGGCAUGGCAAAUGAGCUUCUAUAUGUUUCUCGUCGGCGCCUCUGUAGGCUUUGCAGUCACGGCUGUCCUGUCGACCUGUGCCACGAACUUCCCCAAACAUCACGGGAUGCUGCUGAGCUUGCUGGACGGCAGCAAUGACCUGGGAGCAACCACAUUCGCGGUUGUGUUCCAGACUUUCUUCCAGUUCCACGCUCGCUCCUUUCUGCUCUUCCUGGGGCUGCUACCGACGUUCCUGUAUCUGCUGCUUGGCCUCUUCCUCGGGCCCGUGCCUGUCGUCGAGAGGCCCAGCGACAAGCCCAUUCUUAACUCGUUCCUCAUCACCACUUUUGCCUUGGCGGGCUAUCUCCUCGUCGUCACAGUCAUCGAGGGGACCAUACCGAGCAGGCUUCCAGACUCGGUGCCUUUGGUGUUCUUCGGGUUGAUGCUGGUCAUCGUCCUACCUCCGGUUGUUCUGGUUGUCCGAGCUGAGCUUCGAUCACAUUCGAACGGUGCUGGUGUUGUCGAUCAACUGCAAAGCAUCCAGACACCACCGCCAACUGAGAAGUCUGUCGAGCAACUUGAAAGCAUCCACGCACCACCGCCAACUGAUAAGUUUGAAGCUCAGCUCGCGGAUAUGAAUUCCACCCCGAGUGCUCUGCAAGUCGUCGACCAUUCUCAAGCUUCCGGCGCUGGCAGCUGCAGAUGGUUCCAAGUCCCGGCGAGAGGUAAGGACUACAGGCUCGUCCACGCCUUGCUGAGCAUCGAUAUGUGGCUCAUGCUCAUCGCGACUUCCUGCGGCCUGGGAACCGUGUCCACCUUCUACAACAACUUGGGCCAGCUGAGCGACUCCCUGGGAUACUCCACCGCAAGGAUGAACAUCUUCGUGGCUCUCCUCAACAUCUGGGACUUCCUGGGAGCAAUCGGCUGCGGCUUUGCGUCCGAGAUACUCCUGCACAAGUUUGGCAUUGGACGGCCGUUCGUGUUCGCUGCGGUGGUCGGCUUUCUAGCGCUCGGCAACUUGCUCAUCGCCUUGGGCCUUCCCGGCGCGCUGUACAUCGGCUCCAUCAUCAUCGGCCUCGCCACCGGAGGCCAGUGGGCGGUGCUGUCGACCAUCAUCGCGGAGAUCUUCGGGCUCAAGCACUAUGGAGUUCUCCAGAGCUUCCCAAACAUCGCAAAGGGGAUUGGGACGUUCGUCCUAUCAGUGGAAGUUGCGGGUGUGUUUUACGAUCGGCAAGCCAGGAGAUACCGGGGCCCCGACACGCUGGAGGCCGGGCUCUUGUGCCACGGUGCCAAGUGCUACAGCGAAACCUUCUUCGUCAUGGCCGCUACCUGUUUGUUUGGGUGCGCCAUCGCCGUGGUUCUCAGCUUGAGGUCCGCCAAGUUCUACCGUGCGGAGGUGAGGCCCAAGUUGAUGAGAAAAGUUGCUCCUGCUACUGUUGACGAUGGAGUCCAGUCAUGCUAGCAGAGCUUUCAUCUUCCAUUUUUUUUGGGUCCAAGCUGUACAAGAACCAAUGAUCACAUGAAAGGCCAAACAAUAAGAGUAGAAUAGGAUGCUUCCAGCGUUUUUCAAAAAAUAGAACUGGCAAGAGCUUCCGGAGCGACCAAAUGCUUUCUUUCUUUCCUGGAGGGCCGUGCAUUUCAAUCGGAGGGAAGAAUGCUAUCAUCCCAAUGCUAGAAAUACUCCAGCGCCAGAGCGCUUGGGAUCGGAUUCUUACCUCGAUCGAGAGUGGAUGAGAACAGGA